CCUUAAAUAACCAUUUUAUAAAUUUUCAUUACCUAAAAUUUGUUCAUGUGCAAUGCACGUAGUUCAUUGCUAGUUACUUUAUAACUAGAAGCUAUUUUGAUGACUUUAUGAAGCAAUUAAAAAAGGUUAAUUACCCUUCUCAUCUUUGAAGUUUACACCAAUUUUGACUUUGAUCCUUAAAUAUUUUUCAAUUUUGUCCUCUGACUUGCCAAUCAAUGACUUCCAUUCAACAAGUAACUAGAAAACAUGUGUUAUCAUGGAACAAUGAGGUGAUACUUUGUCCAUGAAAACUCUAACUACCGUUGUCGAGUGGAUUGAAUUGAGAAUAUGUAAAAAGUUGAAGGAGAAGAUCGGCAAAUGAGGCUUUAAGGACCAAAGUGGGAAUCAAGUGAAAUUUCAGGUGUAAAAAGUGUAACUAACCUAAAAACAAAUAGGUUGUUUCUCUCAAUAUUUGCUUCAGUUAUGGACCUCAAUUGAAUGAAAUAGUGCUUAUAUUCGUCACACUUGAUUGGGGGAAAUUUGUUUUGCAGAUAGCACUGAUUCUUCAGAAUCAGUAGUUCUUAUGGCCAACUUCAUCUUUGUAGCCCGUGACUAUAAGACAAGGAAAGCUGCUCCAGUAAAUCGACUCUCUCCAGAAACUGAGCAAGAAGAGUUGCUCUAUAACGAAGCAGCAGCCAGACAUAACCUUCGGAAAACUAAGAGAGAAGAAAGGAAGGAAAUUGAGAAUGGGGAACUAAAUAGACUUCAAGCUCUAUUGGCUGAGGGACGGGUCUUCUGUGACAUGCCAGCUUUGGCAGAUAGAGACAGUAUACUACUCAGGGAUACGCGGCUUGAGAAUUCUUUGAUAUGUCAGCCGCAGCAAAGGAACAUCUAUGGUCGGAUAUUUGGAGGGUUUUUGAUGCACCGAGCAUUUGAGUUAGCUUUCUCAACUGCUUAUACUUUUGCUGGGAUGAUGCCUUGCUUUUUAGAAGUUGAUCAUGUUGAUUUCUUAAGACCAGUUGAUGUUGGAGACUUCUUGCGUUUCACAUCCUGUGUCCUGUACACAGAAUCCGAGGAUCUCGAUCAGCCUCUUAUUAACAUUGAAGUUGUUGCCCAUGUGACAAGACCCGAGUUGAGGUCUAGUGAGGUGUCAAAUACUUUCUAUUUCACGUUCACUGUCUGUCCAAAAGCAAAAUCCAUGAAAAAUGGAUUCAGGAUUCGGAAGGUGGUUCCGGCCACAGAGGAGGAAGCACGCCGUAUUGUAGACCGCAUGGAUGCGAAGGCUUUGCAGUCAAUGAAAAUAUGAAUAUAUAUUACACAAAUUAGAAUAAGAAGAUAGUUAAAAGGCAGGGGGGUUAUUGAACUUAAUUGUAUACAGUGGCAUUAACUUACAUGAUGCCUUCAAUCAGUGGUUUUCUCUUCUGGAAUCCUAGACUCAGACCUAUAUAUAUUUAUGAUAUUAAUUAC